ACGGUAUGUGUUUGACGACACACACAACUUGGACUCUGCCUUCGAUGCGGGCGGCAAUGUUUCGGCAUCUCUCACAGCGACAACCCUGGCGGCCCAAUUACUGUGGCCGGCGGACCUCAUGCAAAGUGCCACAGUGGCUGUUAAGUACGGCAUCGCCGGAGUCUUCUGGUAUUGUGGCGCUGUACUGAUCAUCCUGUCGCUGUUCCCUCUCUUCUCCUUCCAGUUCAAAAUAAAAGCCCCAGGAGCAAAAACUUUUCUACAGAUAAUCUUAGCCAGAUGUGGACGAGUGGCCCACUCUGUCUUCUGUGGGUUCGCCUUCCUCGUCAACGUCAUUGUGCUGGCCAGUAUCAUUGUUGGUGGCAUUGCAGUUUUACAGGUCACGGUAAAAGAUGCAUCUCCUGAGUUUUGCAUCAUCCUGUUGGCAACUCUGUGUGGGAGCUUCACUUUCAUCGGAGGCCUGGGAUCCACGUUUUACGUCAGCUACUUCAACACGCUGACUACCUUUGUCGUCCUCAUCAUCCUCAUGUUCAGUGUCUUCUAUGUGAGCGACCCACCCUACGGAACACUGGAAGAAAUCUACGAGAAAGUCAACUGUCUCCCUAAUGCCCAAGGCAACAGAGAUGGAAGCUACUUCACAUUUCUAUCAGAAGGCUCCCUCUUGUGGGCAAUCCAAGGGGUGUUUGUGGUAUCAAGCUUCUUGUACUGUGACCAGGCCAGCUGGCAGAGCCGUAUAGCAGCCAAACCUCUACAAGGAGCUAUCGGAUUUCUUUUGGCCUGCGUUAUCUGGUUCGCUGUUCCGGCAACCAUUGGCACCGUAGCUGGCAUCACGUAUCUGGCACAGACAGCGGUAGACCCGGAAGUCUAUCUCUCGGACGAUCAGAUUAACUCAGGCAUAGUGUCUACUUUCAUGUCCCAGCAUGCACUGGGGAAGACUGGCGGCAUCAUGAUGUUGACAAUGCUGACUAUGCUCACAAUGUCGACCGGAUCUGGAGAAAUAAUGGGCGUGGCUUCCAUAGUUGUUUACGAUAUCUACCAGACCUAUAUACGGCCUUACAGAUUUAAACACCCACAGGGUAGUUGUCUAUUUUGUGGUCUCUACGACCCGAAACUGGAAAGAACCUCACUAUCUACCCAUAAUUCCUCGUGUAAAGUGGAUUUGGAACGACUGAACCACAAGUCACGUGUUCCUGGGAAUGUUGUUCAGUACAACUGUUCUUAUCAUGGAAAUUUCAGAGCUUACCAGGACAGUCUCAUCGACUUCAAGAACUGGUGCAUUCUGUGGAUCACGCUGGGACUGAUCCCGUUUGGACUGGCCCUUAAUUCCUCCGGCGUGGACCUCAACUGGACCAUGGUGACUGGGGUUGUGGUUACCGUUCCCUGUUUUCCUGGAGUCCUGUUCUGCAUCUUGUGGAGUAAACUGACCACAUUGGGUCUAAUCAUAGGCUGUCUCUCAGGUCUGGUCUGUGGACUCUGCGCGAACAUGCUGGUGGCCUUUGUCUACUUCCAAGGCGAGGGAGGGUUUAUCCUGGCCACGUCCCAACUCUAUGCGGUAGUGGCCGGCUCCGUCAGCGGGAUUGUCAUCAGCCUGACGCUAACAGUGACUAUCUCUCUGUGCACACACAAGAUCACGUCGCCCGAGGAUGAGGCCGAGGUGUGGCAGAAACUGAGAGAUAUAGAUAAUCCAUUGCAUCCUUGGGCUUUGCAGUUCGUGGAUGAGUUCCCAGAAGUGAAGGACGGCUUGACAAGACCAACAGCCUCGCAGCUGGACCAGAUCUCCAAGAAGGGAAAAAUCGCCUCCAUCAUCGGCAGCAUUAUCAUUAUCGUCGUUUUUAUCAUCAUCAUCCCUAGCACCUUGGCUGGACUAGAGGUGCUGACCGCUAACGAUUUCAAAAUCUGGACAACAGCCAUCAAUGUCUGGUGUGUCAUUAUGGCAGUGGUCAUCACCGUGGUCACUCCGGUAGAAGAGAUCAAAGCGAUCGUGCUCCAGCUGAGAGAGAAGAAAAGGCAGAAAGAGGCCAAUGUCGAUGCAGCUGCCCAAGGUCAAGACGCAGAAGCAGAAUUCGCAGUCACACUGCAGGAAAGAAACAGACACGCCGCCCUUACAAAUGGUACAGUUGACAAGGGGAAAGUCAAACAGUUGCCUGAAGAUGAUUCUAACACUGACAGAAGUAACAUGUUUAAGCUCGAGAGAAAACAUGUUUCAGUGAAAGACUUUGAUACCGAAGUUUGA